GUACGCUACCAAAGCUUGUGUACACCAUUCGUCUAUAAAUAGUGGCGCCGGUGUGAGGCUAUCCAUUCAAUUCAAUUGUGCGCAUCAUCAUCCCUGAUACCAAAGCUCAUCUUCUUCUCCUUGAAAUCUUUUUGGGUCCACAGAUUUGGAGGAUGUCUUGCAACUGCGGAUCAGGCUGCAGCUGCGGCUCAGACUGCAAGUGCGGGAAGAUGUACCCUGAUCUGACGGAGCAGGGCAGCGCCGCCGCCGAGGUCGCCGCCGUGGUCGUCCUCGGCGUGGCGCCUGAGAACAAGGCGGGACAGUUCGAGGUGGCCGCCGGGCAGUCCGGCGAGGGCUGCAGCUGCGGCGACAACUGCAAGUGCAACCCCUGCAACUGUUAAGCUGCAUGCACUCGUACGUAGUACGUGUGAUGGUGUGAGAGUAUACGUGAAUAACGAGCGUCUGAUCUGAUGGAGUCGAGCAAGUGUGCGUGUGUGUGUGGUUUACUUGCUCGCUCUCCGCCUAUGCUCUGCCCUUGCUGUCCCUGUGUGUAUGUGUAUGCAUGUGUCCCUGUAAUUGCUUCAUCUAUCUCCACUAUGGAUGGAGUGGUGAAUAUGUAAGAAUGAAAGAUUUACCUAAUUAACUACUCCUAAAUCGCUCCUUCA